GUAAAACAAACCAGAGUACAGAAAAAGAAAGUGAGGGAAAAUUCAGAGAGAGAAGAGAGAAAAAUCUAGAGAGAUGAGAACUAGCAACCACUUGAUCGGAUUACUAAACUUCUUGACGUUCCUGCUAUCGAUCCCCAUACUAGGCGGUGGCAUAUGGCUGAGCAGCAGAGCCAACAACACCGACUGCAUGAAGUUCCUGCAGUGGCCGUUGAUCAUCAUCGGAGUGGCCAUCAUGGUCAUCUCCCUCGCCGGAUUCGCCGGAGCUUGUUACCGGAACACCUUCCUCAUGUGGUUCUACCUGUGGGCCAUGUUCUUCGUCAUCGUUGCUCUAGUUGGUUUCGUGAUCUUUGCCUACGCUGUCACGGACAAAGGUUCUGGUCAGGCGGUGUCGAACCGGGUUUAUCUGGACUAUUAUCUGCAGGACUACUCCGGUUGGCUGAAGGAGCGCGUAUCAGAUGAUAGCUACUGGAGGAAGAUCAGCUCAUGUGUUAGGGACUCCAAGGAGUGUGCAAAGAUGGGGAGGAACAUCGGCGGUGUUCCCGAAUCAGCCGAUUUGUUUUACCUCAGAAAACUCAGCCCUAUCGAGUCAGGAUGCUGCAAGCCCCCUACAGAAUGCAAUUAUGCAUACGUAAACGAGACGGUUUGGACAACUGGGAAUGGGAUGGUGGGAAGCAACUCUGAUUGCUAUAGUUGGAGCAACGAUCAGGGGCAACUGUGCUAUUCUUGCAACUCUUGCAAAGCUGGUGUGCUGGCCAGCCUCAAGAAGAGCUGGAGGAAGGUUUCGGUCAUCAACAUUGUCAUAUUGAUCAUCCUGGUUAUUCUUUACGUGGUUGCCUGUGCAGCUUUCCGCAACAAUCGCCGAAUCGAUAAUGAUGAGCCAUAUGGUGAAACAAGGAUGACAAAGUCUCAACCUAGUAGGAUCCAGUUUUAACUAGAAUGAAGAUUUUCCUCAUGGUCAGUAAGUUUAUGGCGGAUGUGUUUCUUUGAUUCUAUAUUUCGUAUAGGGUGGGUUCCGUUUGGGACACACCCAUGGAUGGUUUGUUCUCCAAAGGUUGUCUGUAUAUGUUGGCAUGAUCAUGAUGGUUUAUUUUCUUUCUAUGAACCUUUAAUUUUGAAAAAGAAAUAUGUUUGUUCAUGUA